AUGUCGUCCACACCUACCACCCAAGCGCCCACAACGCAGGAGAUUGAAACCUCCUUCAUCCGAGUCCUCAGCAACGGACCGCUGAGUCUCGAAGCCAUCACAGACCGCAUGAACGGCUUUGGCCAGGGACAUGAAGACGCCGUCGUAGCCGUCUUCGAGUACAUGGUCGAAGGCGCCCAAGACGAAGGAGAAGGAGAAGCAACCUACCAACUCCGCUCAGAAUACCGUUCAACCACCAACACCACCGGCAACCACGCCACUCCACCAUUACCAUCAAAAUCUUCACCAAGACGCAAGACAGCACCCGCACCACUCUCUUUCACCCGCUCACCCACACCCUCUCCACAACUAUCAUCCUCCUCCUCCCUCCUAUCCUCACCACCAACCCACCUCAGCUCACCAGCACCAUCCCUCCCACCCCGACCACGCCCCCGAUCCACCUCCACUCCGCUCUCCAGCCCACCGCCGUCCUCACAACUCCGCUCUCCAACACCAGCGCCAUCCAUCAGACCCACACGGCGCGCAGGACGAAAAGGGAAAGGGAAGCCUACCGGGGCCAAGGGCACGACAUCCCGCGUGACCAACAAGGCCAAGAAGACUGGAGCAGACAAAGGGAAAAAAGGACGAGGAAGAGGGAUGCACAAAGUACAAUGCAGUCGUGUUACGAAGAAGAAGAUGAGGUGUGGGUUUAAGAAGAUGUGUGAGGUGGGGAGGGUGUGGGAUUGUGGGAGGCAUGGGUGA